AUGGCUGAGGAAGGCGGGGAUGAGGAUGACGAGGACGACGAGGAAGGCGGUGACGAGGAGGACGAGGAAGGUGGGGAUGAGGAUGAUGAGGACGACAAGGAGGGCGGUGACGAGGAUGACGAGGACGACCAGGAGGGGAAUGACGAGGUUGACGAGGAUGACGAGGAGGGGGUGAUGAGGAAGAAGAGAACGACGAGGAGUGGGACCGCUAUCCUGGACUCCAUCCAAGAUGAGGCGUACGUGGAGUCCAACCGGCACUUCCUGCGGGAAGAACAGGCGAAGACCGAUGUGCUCUUCGACGAGCUGGAUGUGGAGCAGGAGGCGGAGGCCGAUGAUGUCGAUGUCAGAAUGGAGAUAGUGGACAUCUCCGACGACGGGGAGUAG